GGAACCCACGUGUAAUGUUUACAUAGAGCCUUAGGAGGAAAAUGGGUAGAAGGCGAAAGAGAAGGUCUCCUGUUCCACAGGAAGAAAGCACCGAUACUACGUCUGAUGAUGACCUAAUACCCAGAGAUAGGUUCACUCAAGCCACUGGAAGUGUGGAAGGGAAACGUGCUCAAGCAGAAGAUGAACAAUCUCCCAAAAGAAAGAAGAAAGGGACCCCGUCCAAGGGAAAAGACCAAGUACCAACCAAGAAAAGAAAAAUAUACAAGAACAGAGAGUCUCUUCUUACUCAGUUGUGUGCAAAGGAUAAGAACAUUGAAGCAUUGUAUCAUGUACUUAUUAUAAUGAUAUGUGUCGGCUUGCUUUACUCAUUAGUACACGAUUCAAUUGAAGCAGGGAAGCCACAUGUUGAUUUUCGUUACUACUUUUCUGGUUUUGGGCCACUCUCUCAUCAAGGGUUUACAUUAUUUGUUUGGGCAGUACUACAGCUGAUAGCAUUUUCUGUUUAUCCUAUUUUUAAAUUGUGGGUUUUGCUUCACAACUGGCUUGGCCUUAUAGCAGACUUGGUCUUCCUAGCUCUCCUUGGCCUCUACAAUCUCUGUGGCUAUGGAACAGUUAUUUGGAUGAUUCUGUAUUAUGAUAUGUAUCCAGUCACUGCCUUGGUUCUCAACGUUGAACAGUUACGUUUCUGUAUGAAAACUUAUUCGUUUGUGCGUGAGAAUGCAUACAAGGUAUUGUAUCCUUGGAGCAAGGAUGAUAAGACUGGCCCUGCUGUGUGGUAUGAGGGUCAAAUGAGUCCUAAAGUUGGAUCAUUCCGUCAGUAUAUCUACUUUCUAUUCUGUCCUACAUUAUUAUACAGAGAUCAUUAUCCUAGGACUCCCAGGAUAAGGUGGAUGAGAGUGUUAUCCUGCCUAAUAAAGUGUUGCAUCACCAUUGCUUUUAUAACCAUUUUAACAAAAUCAAUCUUUUCCCUGCCACCCACCAGUGCCAAGAAUGUCCUAUCAACAUUCCUCACUUGCUCAUUGUGGGGCCUCCUUUACAUGUUUAUGACUGGGUACUUCUUCCUACACUCAUGGCUAAACCUUUUCUCUGAGCUGUUCACAUUUGCUGACAGAGAAUUCUAUUCUGACUGGUGGACGUGUCAUGAUUUCGCGUCUUUUUAUCGAAAGUGGAACUUGUUAGUUCACGAUUGGAUCAAAGCAUACAUAUACUCUGACUUGAAAGAUUUUUUUAAGAGUCCAUUGUACAACAAAGUUGCUUUCCUACCCACUAUUGUCAUAUCGGGUAUAUUUCACGAGUAUGUCCUCUGGGCUCCAUUGAGAUUCAUCAUGCCAUUGCUCUUGCUUCUCUUUGGAAUAUUUGGAUCUAUUCUUUUCAUUAUAAGGCCAUCCCCAGAUGUCAAGUUUUGGAAUUAUUUCCUUCACAUCGGUCUCCAUUUUGGCGUGUCUCUCAUGAUAUUCCUCUACACCAUGGAGUUCUAUGCUAGAGCAUUGUGUCCGAAGGAGAUUAGUUUCGUAAAUACUUUUGUACCGCGUUUUUAUGAGUGUUACUACACAAUGUCAUCCAGUGAAGAACAGAUCUGAAGGCCAACCUCUAGUUUUAGUUACAUUCUUCUUGUCUAUUUUACUUUGCAUUUCGUCCUAUUGUUUUUUUUUCAUAAUUUAUUUUUGAUUUUACUGUGUUGUAGGUAAUGGUUUUUACUAUCUCUCCCUCAAGAGAAAAUUAAUUAUUUAAAGUCUAAUAUUAAUUUUAUUUAUAGUCUAAUAUUAAUUAAAUAUUAAGUUUCUGUGAGACACAAAUAA